GAAAUUUGGUCAAGUCAAAACUACGGCUGGCAAGUCAGAUCUAAAGCUGACUCAGCCUAACCUCUUUUUUUUAAAAAAAAAAAAACAUUUUUUUAACCCCUUCCCCAAUUCUCCAUCUGCCUCUCCGCUGCCGCCGCCGCCGCCGUAUUCAUCUGCCUCCCCCCGAUCUCCAUCGGCCUCAUAUUGUCCUUGCUCCGGACACGGCGAGAUGGGCUCGUGGAGCGGCUCUACGCGACUUGGCCGGGGGCGGCGGAUCGGUGCCGGAACUGCACUCCCGGUGCUGCGGCAGAGCGGGAGGCCGCCGGGGGGCCUGGUAACAGGGGGAGUGGAGGGGAAGGGGAGUGGCAGCUCUGCGGCCGGGAAGCGGGCACCAACGGCGUCCCUGCAGUCCAUGAAUGGACAGGAGAAAGGAGGAGACGAUGCCGGAGUUCUUCGCGACGAUCGAGGUGAGGGAAAGAGCGCAGAUCUCGUCGGCGGCUUGUAUCCGAUUCCCGAAGAAGCCCUAAACUUGGAAUUAUUUACCUAAGCUGCCAUCCGUUUCGAUUUCAAUCCACCCACGCGGUUCGACUUAUUUACCGCACCAGCCACGCCACAUCACCGGCUAAAACUGGUUGCCGGUGAUUAAUUCGGUGCCGUCCACCUUGAAUCGGAUGGUGUAGGGAUAAAAAUGCCCUUAGGAGUAAUGUAAUGCCCUUAGGAGUAAUGUAAGUCCACAAGCACCACGGUCUUGGUGGGCCUAGCCCAUAACCAUGCUGCAGUGAUGGAAGGAGAGAAACGGACGGAGCUACAGCUAAGCUGUCAAUAUGCUGCAUGAUGCCACGUCAUCCGUUCGCACGCUUUAGGAUAAGGACAUGAUUCCACGUCUCUCUUUUUAUGUCGACCUAUGGACCUCACCUUUUUUCGACGCGGCUUUCUUCCGAGCUAAGCUUCCCUCCCUCCAUAAUCAAAUCCACGAACAUAUAGGCAGCUCUCCAGCCCCAGGAAGCGAGCGCGAGAGGCAUCAUGAGCUCCCUUGGAUGCAGAACCUCGUCGCGAUGCGUGGACGCACGUGUGCCUGUCAGGGCCACGUACGUCAACCUCUACAGGUGGCCGGAAUCCGACGCGGAGUUCGUCAAGUCGGUGGCCGGGGGAGGUGGCGGCGGCGGUGUUAUUAGGAGGAGUUGGGUUCGGAGUCCGGCGGUGGUGGAUAGCUACUCAUGCAGGCAGAUGUACCUCCGGAGCUACACCUUCUCCAAGGAGAAGGAGAAGGAGAGCGUGCCGGAGAAGACGAGACGAUGCCUGGCCAAGCUCAAGGAGAGGGCCCUCAUCUACCAUCGGAGGAAGAGUUCCGAUUUGAUCGAUAAUGAUCUGUCUCGCGAUUGGAAGAAGACUGCUCAGAGGAAGACGAACAAGAAGGGGUGUGUGGUGGCGGCGAGGAAGCUGAGAGAAGUCUCUUUUUCCGCGUUUCACUCCGUCUUCUGGCGUCUCCUCUCCUGCACCACCAAUGCCGGCUCGACGGCUCGCCACCCACAAGAACAGUGAGGGUGGCGGUACUCCUCUAAUUAAUUCCAUUUGCACUUUUUUUUCCCGGUUUGUUUUGCUGGAUUUCUAUCCCGUUCUUCCCAAUCUCUCUUCUGCUUUCUCUUUUUUUAA